GCUCGAUCGUACACCUAUCAUUGCAGGUGCGCUAUCUGUGCAAAAUCCAAUGAGUUUCUUUCAAUUCAAAUAUUUUUUUUCAACAAAAUUUGAAAUAGAAUUGAAUAUAUCUUUAGAUGUAGUACCUGCUGUCAAAGAUUGGGAGUCCAAAUUCCUUCUUGAAUGAUAUCUCCGCCGAUUAUGGGGUUUCUUGAGUAUUUCUGCAUUAGAACGAAAAAACCCUUUCGUCUUCAAAACCAGAGUAGGAUGUUGUUGCUUCAAAUGCAUUUC